AUGGAAAACGGACCCGCCGCCCGCAAGACCGCUGCAGCCGGGACCGCCGUUGACUCUUCUACGGUGAUACUUCCCCAGAAGGCUCCAUUGCCCCGGAUCGAUAAGCUUGCCAAUCCCCGCAUAGCAUCCUGGCUAGACCCCGAAUGCCCUUAUAUAUAUAUCUGGCAUCUUCGUUCACAGGAGGCACGAUUGCAACGACAAGCGAAGGGAGCAAGCCCGAGAUUGGCGAGCUACCAACGUAAGGAGAAUGUUGAGCAGAUAGAUGGCGAACUCAUCAUCACUCAGAAGAAGGAAAGCUACCAGGGUUUAAAUUACACUGCCGGUGGUUUAAUCUCGGUUCCCAACUUUCAUUACGGCUAUUUUGAAGCCUAUGUGAAGCUGAACAAGGGCGGCGGCUGGCACAAUGCCUUUUGGCUAAUGUGCGGAAAUGGCUCGAAAACAGUAUACACGAACACUCAUACUGAAAUUGACAUUUUCGAAAUUGAAACAAGCAAGCCCAAGGAAAUGAUUAACGCUAUGAAUUUCUGGCUUGGGAAUGGCAACCGGGCCAGUGGGUAUUCUGCUGUUCAUCGGCCCGGCAAGAAUUCUACCGAAUGGAACCUUCACUCUGCACUCUGGACCGAGGAAAGGGUCGUGUUCUUUGAGAAUGGAAAACUAGUCUGGGACUACACCUUCGGGCCACAAGCAUGGACUCAUAACUACAUAAAUAUUUGGCUCACAACCGUUGCAAACGCGGCUUUUGGUACCGAAGAUUCUGCAUUGCCAUCCUCCAUGAGAGUAGGCAAUGUCAGCUAUUAUCAGAAGGACUAUUAUCUCACUUCGAGUACCCUCUGCUUCUUUGGCAAUCCCAGUAGUGCGAAUUGUCCUUCCAAUGCUGGGUAUUCGGAGACAGGCAGUGGUUGGACGACGUCGAGUCUCAGCGGUUAUACAAAAAAACUCUCGACGCGCUACGUCACUGGAUCUUCCAAUGCGGCGGCCAUAUGGUCCCUUUCAUCGCUCAAAGUUUCUGGCACCUAUGACGUCUCGGCAUUCAUCGUCGUAUAUUCAAACUCUGAUCCCAAAGCCAAGUAUCAGCUACUGAAGAACGGGCAAGUGGUUCAAGAGGACAUUGAGAUUGAUCAGACAAAGGGGGUUAAUCGCUGGGCAGUCAUUGCAUCCAACGUCACGAUGAAUGCUGGCGAAAAUUGGGCUGUGCGAGUCAAGGCUUCUGGCGUUGGGUCCAUCCGGGCAGAUACCGUAAAGUUUAUACGAACAGCUUGA